AUGUCUCCUGCUAUUACAUAUACAGUUACAGCUUUUGAACACUGGAUAUUGAGUUAUUUGUAUGUUAAAAUUAUGCCGAGUUUUAAUCGAUCUGUACUACUUGAACUACCUAUUCCAGCCACAAUGGAUCCUGAUCAACUGAUGUCAUGUGGUCAAAUGAUGUUAAAAUUUGUUGCUGAUUACUGGAAAACAAUAGAAAAUCGUUCCGUAUUACCAUCUAUUCAACCUGGUUAUCUUCGACCGUUAUUACCAUCACAUGCCCCAGAGAAACCAGAACAAUUCAGUCAAAUAAUUAAUGAUUUAGAAUCAACAAUAAUGCGAGGUGUAACACAUUGGCAUAGUCCUCAUUUUUAUGCCUAUUUUCCAACAGGAAAUUCAUAUGCUGCCGUUUGUGCGGAUAUCCUAUCAGCAGGUAUCGCCUGCAUUGGAUUUUCAUGGAUUGCAUCACCAUCAUGUACAGAACUAGAAGUAAUUGUAAUGGAUUGGUUAGCUCAAGCAUUAGAUCUACCCGAAUUUUUCUUGUCAACAGGAAAUGGUACUGCUAGCGAAGCAACAUUAGUCACUUUAUUAGCUGCACGUUCAAAAAUAUUUUGUCAAAUGCAGAAAAAAGAUCCGAAUAUAACACUUGGCAAACUACUUGAUCAGUUAAUUGUUUAUUGUUCGGAUCAAGCCCACUCGUCUGUGGACAAAGCGACCUUGAUUGUUGGAUGUAAAAUACGUAAAAUUGUAUCAGAUGAUAAUUGUGUCAUGAAAGCUGCUCAACUAAAACAAGCAAUUAUUGAAGAUCGAGCAAAGAAUUUAAUACCAUUUUUCUUGGUAGCUACAUUGGGUACAACUGCCACGUGUGCCUUUGAUGACAUUGCUGGUUUAGGUAAAGUAUGUCAAGACGAAAAUAUAUGGUUACAUAUUGAUGCGGCGUAUGCUGGUAGUGCAUUCAUAUGUCCCGAAUAUCGCUAUCUGUUCGAUGGUAUUGAAUAUGUGGAUUCGUUUAGUUUUAAUCCUCAUAAAUGGAUGUUGGUUAAUUUUGAUUGUUCAGCAAUGUGGGUUAAAGAUCGAACAUAUUUCAUAAAUGCAUUUAACGUUGAUCCAUUAUAUUUAAAACAUGAUUAUCAAAAUGUUGCACCAGAUUAUCGACAUUGGCAAAUACCGUUGGGUAGACGAUUUCGUUCACUUAAAUUAUGGUUUGUAUUUCGAAUACAUGGAAUUAGUGGAAUUCGUAAAUAUAUAAGAAAACAUAUUGAAUUGGCAAAAUUAUUUAUAAAUUACAUUGAAAAUGAUAAACGUUUUGAAAUUGUAUUUCCAUCAACAACAUUGGGUCUCGUUUGUUUCUGUUUGAAAAAUGGUUCAAAUGAAUUGAAUGAAAAAUUAUUAAAAUCAUUGAAUGAAGAUAAACGUAUUUAUCUCGUUCCAUCAAUGGUUAAAGGACGUUUUAUUUUAAGAUUUGCUAUAUGUUCAUAUUUAACGGAAGUUAAACAUGUGGACUAUGCAUGGACUGUUAUUAAUGAAAUAACGACAAAACUAUUAACAAAAACUUGA